GGCCGCGGGAGAGUGUUGCGCGCGGCUGGUUUCAGCGCGGCUGCUUCUCGGGGGACUUCCCCCUCCUCGUCUUCCUUCCUUCCUUCCUUUCUCCGCCCCCGCCGCCGCCGCUACAGCUACCCUGAGAGCCCGAAUCCAAGAUGGAGUUGCUGAGUAAAGCGGGGCAGGAGAUGAGCCUGGCAGCCUUAAAGCAGCACGACCCCUACAUCACCAGCAUCGCCGACGUGACCGGCCAGGUGGCCCUUUACCGCUUCAGCCCCACGGCUAACGAGUGGGAGAAGACAGACAUAGAAGGUACCCUGUUUGUGUAUAAAAGGUCAGCUUCACCGCACCAUGGCUUUACAAUUGUGAAUCGACUGAACAUGCAUAAUUUGGUUGAGCCUGUAAACAAAGAUUUAGAGUUUCAGCUGCAUGAACCCUUUCUUCUGUACAGAAAUGCUAACUUGUCAAUUUACAGUAUCUGGUUCUAUGACAAGAAUGACUGCCAUCGGAUAGCAAAACUCAUGGCUAAAGUAGUACAAGAAGAAACUCAGAGAUCCCAACAAGUGUUGCAGGACCGAAGAACUGUCAGCAGGAUUAACGGUUGCACUGAUAUCCUAGAGAUGCUUAGCAAAGCAAAGGUUGAGUAUGAACGGAAUCAAAAUAGUGACUCAAUUUGUGGGACAUACCGACGUACAAACCCGGCAAAAACGGAAAACACCGAGACUUCAGAGCAUAGAUCAUCAGUCUUACAAAUGCAAGACCAUCCAUGCCAAUCUGUGCCUAAACAUCUAACAGUGGAAGAAUUAUUUGGAACUUCGUUACCAAAGGAACACUCAACAGUUCCGUAUUUGACUCCAGAGCGAACAGACAAAACUGACACUUCAUGCAGAGACCAGAGUUUGCUUUUACCUUUUUCAUUUGAGCAGUCAGCGGUGAUUAAUCAGCCUCUAGGGAAAGUGGAUGGGAUAAGCUUCAAAAUUAAUUCAUGUACGUUAUUGACACAAGAUUGUGUGCCACCCUUGGUAAUUGCCUCACCUUCUGAAGCAAACAAGGUUUCAAGUUACACUGCACAGUUAAGCCCUGUCCUUAAUUCAGCUGCAGCAACCGAAACUCCUUGUGUGCAAAUGCUUCAGAAUAUGAGUGGCAGCAGUAACAUGAUGCAGGUUAUGCAGCAGGCAUCCAAGCAAAUGUCUCCUCUUUUGAAUCAGUCAUCAUCUGAUAUGAACCAUGGUGCAUCAACUAAGACUCCUGCUCAAAAUCAGUUCUUAACACCUUUGUCUGUGACAAAUACUGGAGACUCUUCAAACAUGCCACUUCCAAAUACGGAUCUUCUUCAAAAACUCAGGUUGACCCCUCAACAUGACCAAAUGCAGCAGCUCCUUAACAAAACCCCUGCGGCAGCAAACGCUUCGUCUGCCACUGCCGCCAUUAGCCAGCUGGCAACACCAGAUUGUUUCAAGGAAUCCCACAUGAAGCAACAGGUUCUGGGUGGGAAAAAGAUUCCACCUGUUCAGGUUACCCAGCAAACCAAGGAGCUUGAAACAUUUCCACACCCCAAAACUUUGACAAAAGCAAGCCAAGUUGCUUCUUCACAGUUUGCUGCAACUACAACCACAGUGGUACCAUCUGUCCUGUUGUCACCAAGUGUGUUUCAACAGUCAGCUACAAAAUCCUCUGAAACUGAAAGCAAAGUCAGCUCCUCUUCUCCUCCUACCCUUGGAGCAGCAGAUGUUCAAGCAUUACCUCCUACAGUUCUCAGUAGAUCACAGCUUCAAGAAACUUUAAUACAUCUAAUAAAGAAUGAUGCAAAUUUUCUUAGUACACUUCAUGAAGUCUAUUUACAAGUCUUGACCAAGAAUAUGGACAGCAUCAAACUAUAGCCGAAGUGAACUCAACUCACUGACUGCCCACCUGCUUAAGGAACAAUAAUGUCUCUUCUCUAAAACUGUAAUCUUUUAAAAUACUGUUUUUAGUUUAUUAAAUAUUAUGUUUGGCCUCCAUGGAGGCCUUAUUUUUUAGAAGAAACUAUAUGAGUUAUGUCCUCAGAAUCGAUCUAGCUUUCACUGUGACCAGUCACCAGCAGUCUUUUAUUUCUGUUUGAGAAAAAAAUGCUCUCUAUGUUCAGGAGCACAUUAUUUUAGUGGUUUUAAGUAGCUUAGAAAAAAGUCUUUACACACCCAUCCAUAUACACAUGGAUGGAUGUGUAAAGACUUUUGAAUAAUUGUGGCAGAUGUGUUCUAAGAUGAUAUUUUGGCAUUAAAGCAAGAACAAUAAAAGUUGUGAAAAUA